AUGUCGAAAAUGGGAAGGCUAGUUUCUGAUACUGACCCAGACACGGUGACUGUGCUGCAUCGAAGGGGGCCAGCUCAAAAGACGUUGAAAACUCCUGCUGAAUUGAACGCAGCUCAAAGACGUGGUGUAGCCAUAGAAACUUCGAAAAGAAUAUCUGCUGGGUCGAACAAACAGCACCAACUAGAUAAAUUCGCGACAAGGGUGGAAGAGGAGGAAGAAAUGCAUCAUGAUCGAGUUUCUCUUUCUUUGGGAAAAGUAAUGCAGCAGGCUAGGCAAGCUAAAGAAUGGACCCAGAAAGAUUUGGCUACUGUAGGUGGUUCUUGCGUUUUAGUUAGAAGAAAUUUUGGCGAAUUAGAGGGUGUACAACUCGCUCGGAUUAACGAGAAACCUCAGGUUGUGGCGGAAUAUGAAAACGGCAAAGCAGUCCCUAACCAACAGAUAUUAUCAAAAAUGGAAAGGGCCUUAGGUGUGAAACUGCGAGGGAAGGAUAUGGGCCAGCCGCUUUCUUCAAAGAAGAAGUGA